AAUAAAAAUUGUAAAAUGUUUGAGCCCUAUGUGAAAAUCAAGAAAAAGCGAAGUGUGCAUGAAAUCUAUGAAAAUGAGAAUUUAGAGCAGCAGCAACAGCAACAGCAGCAGCAGCAGCAACCUGCUACCAGCGAUAAUUGUUGCUGCGAGAACGGAGAGCCGCAGAAUGGGCCUGAAAUUGCAACUGCAACUGCAACGGCAACGGCAACAUCUGUAGCAGCAACAUCUGCGACAUCAGCAACAAUCGCCACAGGAGCAGCAGCACCCAGCAGCAGCAGCAGCGGCAACUGCAGUCGCCUGCAGCAAUUGAUAUCGACGCCACCAGUAUUAUUGCGCAGAUCGUCGCUGCAACAGCAGCAGCAGCAGCAGCAGCAGCAACACCACCCACACACGCCAGCAGCAACAGCAACAACACAGCAAGCUGCGCCUUCAGUUUUGCAACAGCAUUUGGGUCACCUGAAUUACGAAAGUGGAGCAACUGCAGCGGCAGCAACCAGUAGAAGUGGCUCGGCAACACUGGCGCAGCAUUUGGCAACACCCAGCAACAUAUUGCAGGCGGCAUUCGGCAGCAGCAACUUGCAACACAUACUAACCCGGUCCGCCCCCUCCUCGCCCUCGUCCAGUGCGAUUUCCUCCAACAACUGCAGCAGCGCCUGUGCGGGCAAUACGCACUACAACGGCGGCAACAGUAGCAACAGCAGCAGCAGCAGCAACAGCAGCAAUCACCACAGCAACAGCAUCAUUGCCAGCCGCCUGUUCGGAGCUGCCUCCUCCUCCUCAUCAUCCUCCUCCUCCUCCUCAGUGGCCGCCUCAUCAUCCUCCUCUUCAUCACACCAUCUGCAUAGCCAUCACUCGGCGCUGACCAACUCCAUAACGAAUCGCAUCAAUCAGUCCAUCAGGCGGCAUCUGAACCAGCAGCAACAUCACCAUCCCCUCAGUGCAUCCUCCUCAUCCUCCGCAUCCACAUCGUCAUCAUCCUCCUCGUCAUCCUCCUAUCAGCAAUCGUCGGUACAACAGCAACACUAUAAUUGCGCCCAUCCUGCACAGCAGCAGCAGCAGCAGCAACACCAUCACCACAGCAACAGCAGCAGCAGCAGCCAUCAUCAACACCACAGCAACAGCAACAGCAGCAACAACAAUCAACAGCAACCACAACAAUCUCCUCUGUGCCUAGUAUUAUUAGUUAAAUGCCCCAAUUCUAAGGAAUUUUGUAACGCCGCCGCAAAUUUCUGUGAUAAAAGAUUGCCGGUGAACGAAUGUCAGGCAAGCCAAACAGCUAGAGUCACCUCGAACCUGCACGCAUCCAGUAGCACGAUGGCGGUCAGCCGUGUACCCUCGCCGCCCUUGCCGGAAGUUAAUACGCCAGUCGCCGAGAACUGGUGUUAUACGCAGGUCAAAGUGGUUAAAUUUAGUUAUAUGUGGACCAUAAAUAACUUUAGUUUUUGUCGGGAGGAGAUGGGUGAAGUACUCAAAUCGUCCACAUUCUCAGCCGGUGCUAAUGACAAACUGAAAUGGUGUUUACGGGUUAACCCCAAGGGUCUCGAUGAAGAGAGCAAGGAUUACCUUUCAUUAUAUUUACUGUUAGUUUCGUGUAAUAAAUCAGAAGUCAGAGCCAAGUUCAAAUUUUCCAUAUUGAAUGCCAAGCGUGAGGAAACCAAAGCCAUGGAAUCCCAAAGAGCUUACCGUUUUGUGCAGGGCAAAGAUUGGGGCUUCAAGAAGUUCAUCCGCCGCGACUUCCUGCUGGACGAGGCCAACGGCCUGCUGCCGGAGGACAAGCUGACCAUCUUCUGCGAGGUCAGCGUCGUGGCGGACAGCGUGAACAUCUCCGGACAAUCCAACAUCGUGCAGUUCAAAGUGCCCGAGUGCAAGCUGUCCGAGGAUCUUGGCAAUCUCUUUGACAACGAGAAGUUCAGCGACGUCACGCUCUCCGUGGGCGGUCGAGAGUUCCAGGCGCACAAGGCCAUACUGGCAGCGCGCAGCGAUGUCUUUGCGGCCAUGUUUGAGCAUGAGAUGGAGGAGCGUAAGCUGAAUCGUGUCGCCAUAACCGAUGUGGAUCAUGAGGUUCUUAAAGAAAUGCUGCGAUUCAUAUACACGGGCAAGGCGCCCAAUCUAGAAAAAAUGGCUGAUGAUCUCCUAGCGGCUGCUGAUAAGUAUGCACUCGAAAAGCUGAAAGUGAUGUGCGAGGAGGCGCUGUGCGUCAAUCUCUCUGUAGAAACAGCAGCCGAAACACUAAUAUUAGCUGAUCUCCACAGUGCGGAUCAAUUGAAAGCACAAACGAUAGAUUUCAUAAAUACUCAUGCCACCGAUGUGAUGGAAACCUCCGGAUGGCAAAAUAUGAUCACAACACAUUCACAUUUGAUAGCGGAGGCAUUUCGUGCGCUCGCAACACAACAAAUCCCACCAAUUGGACCACCAAGGAAACGCGUGAAAAUGAGCUGAAACAACAAUGCAACAACCACAGCAACAAUAAUAAUAAUAACUACAACAACAGCAGAAAAUCUUACACCAACAACAAUCAACAACCAACAACAGCAACAACAACAACAACAACAACAGCAUCAACAACAAUUAGAACAAGAAACCAGCACCAACAAUCGAUUCAACAACUGCAACACAAAUGAGAACUUCAUCGGAUGCAGCAGGCAUGCGAAUUAUUUGAUCGAUCGAUUGGCGGUCAACCUCAAGAAAGCAUACGGCAAUACUACAAAAAACACAAUAAAUUACAUCAGCAGCAGAAAGAUAAUGGCAGAAAUGCAGUACCGUUUAUUGUUUCGAUUUCAAGUAAUUUAAUUCACUUUAAUAAAACUUGAUUUUAAAUGUA